ACCAGCUCCCCUCUUAAGUGAGCCGGAAACCCCGUAGUCGGCCGCAGCCGCCAUUCGUUUGUUCGUCGCCGCACAAUCUAAAAUGGCAGGAGCCGAUGGAGACGAUUCGCUCUACCCUAUCGCCGUUCUCAUUGACGAACUGAGGAACGAAGAUGUUCAGUUGCGACUGAACAGCAUCAAGAAGUUGUCGACUAUUGCACUGGCUCUCGGUGUGGAGCGGACUCGCACUGAACUGCUUCCUUUCCUCACGGACACCAUCUACGAUGAAGAUGAGGUUCUCUUGGCCUUGGCUGAGCAGCUGGGCAAUUUCACCAUGUUGGUGGGAGGCCCAGAGUACGUCCACUGUCUACUGCCUCCCCUGGAGAGCCUAGCGACAGUGGAGGAGACUGUCGUCCGAGACAAAGCAGUGGAGUCUCUCCGUAAGAUUUCUCAGGAGCAUUCUCCAGUUGACCUGGAGGUCCAUUUUGAGCCCUUGGUCAAGCGUCUGUCCUGCGGUGACUGGUUCACCUCUCGCACAUCUGCCUGCGGGCUCUUUAGCGUCUGCUAUCCUCGUGUCUCCAGCACUGUCAAGGCUGAGAUUCGCCAGCAUUUCCGCACCCUGUGUUCAGAUGACACUCCUAUGGUCCGUCGUGCUGCCGCUUCCAAACUGGGCGAGUUUGCCAGAGUGUUGGAGCUGGAUUAUGUUAGAAGCGACAUCAUCUCCCUCUUCACAGCUCUGGCCUCCGAUGAGCAGGACUCUGUGCGGCUGCUGGCAGUGGAGGCUUGCGUCAGCAUUGCCACUCUGCUGCCUCAGGAGGACCUGGAGACCCUGGUCAUGCCCACCCUGCGACAGGCCGCCGAGGACAAAUCCUGGAGGGUCCGUUACAUGGUGGCUGACAAGUUCUCUGAGCUUCAAAAAGCAGUGGGUCCAGAAAUCACGAAGAACGACCUGGUCCCAGCAUUCCAGAACCUUCUUAAGGACUGCGAGGCUGAGGUCCGUGCCGCUGCAGCUAACAAAGUCAAAGAAUUCUGUGAGAACCUCCAGGAGGACAAUCGUGAGCAGAUCAUCAUGACUCAUAUCCUUCCCUGCGUCAAGGAACUGGUUUCAGACACCAACCAACAUGUGAAGUCAGCACUGGCCUUGGUCAUUAUGGGCCUUUCUGCCAUCCUGGGCAAGGAUAACACAAUAGAGCAUUUACUGCCUCUCUUCCUGGCGCAGCUCAAGGACGAGUGCCCCGAGGUGCGUCUCAACAUCAUCUCCAACCUGGACUGUGUCAACGAGGUGAUCGGCAUCCGUCAGCUGUCCCAGUCACUCCUGCCAGCCAUUGUGGAGCUGGCCGAAGACGCCAAGUGGAGGGUCCGCUUGGCCAUCAUCGAGUACAUGCCCCUGUUGGCCGGUCAGCUGGGAGUGGAAUUCUUCGAUGAGAAGCUGAACACGCUUUGUAUGGCUUGGCUUAUUGACCAUGUGUACGCGAUCCGCGAGGCUGCCACCUGUAACCUGAUGAAGCUGGUGGAGAGGUUUGGAGCAGAGUGGGCACAGAACACCAUUGUGCCAAAGGUUCUGGGCAUGGCCAACGACCCCAAUUACCUCCACAGGAUGACUACUCUUUUCUGCAUCAAUGCCCUUUCUGAUGCAUGCGGGCAGGACAUCACCACCAAGCAGAUGCUACCCGUGGUCCUCAAGAUGUCCAACGACCAGGUGGCAAAUGUGCGCUUCAACGUGGCCAAAUCUCUGCAGAAGAUCGGACCGAUCCUGGACGAAGGCACGCUGCAGGGUGAAGUGAAGCCAGUGCUGGAGAAGCUGGCCACUGAUACCGACAUGGACGUCAAGUACUUUGCUCAGGAGGCCAUCAGUGCUCUCUGGCAUAAGUGAAGCAACGUGUCUCAACCCUUUUGCAAGAUAUUUAUUGAUGUUCAAGAUCAAUUGCUAACUGUAUAGACCAAUCUGAUAAUUAAGAUUUUUCUCUCCAUUUUCCUCCUGUCCCGGGAUCCUUCAAGCCCCCUCGCUGUAAACGGAUGCUUCAGUCUAAUGCUGCAUGCUGACUAAUAGUCUCACUAGCUAGCUACCGACCCCCUCUCACAUCCCUCCUUUUUACAUCCCCCCACUUCGUUGUUUUAGCAACAUCAAAAUGUGACAUUCUACUACAAGUCGUUCAGACGCGACAUGUUCUUAUCUUAAUAUAGACAGAUAAGGACCACCUUUCUUGUCAUGUUGCUCCCCAAGUCCUUACAAGAGAGGAGAAAGUAGUGGAAUUGUGCCAAUGAAAGAAGUGGUGAACUGCUUUUUACCGUACACCAGACUGGAGCAUUUGACCUGGCACUGCCGUGCUGUUCUACAAACAAGUAACGCCGAAAAAGUGGACACGACCGUCAUUGUUCAACAUUGAUGACCAGUGUGCUUUUAUUGUUCUUUUCAGUGCUUCACACAUUUGAUGUUGUUCUACUGUAUCUUCAUCUGAAUAAAGUAACAAAGAACA